UCGUUCCAUCGGUGUGGUGCCGGUGAAGGAGAGCAGCCGCCCCAGUGUGAGGCCGGCUCUCCGCCAGACCGCCGUCAGUCCACGUCCCGGGGCAGCGACCCGCUCCGACCACCCUCCACCGUCUGCCUCUUCGCCCCGCGCCGCCGUCGCCAUGCUGACCCGCCUGUUCCGCGCCCACGGCCUGCUGGUGGCCUCGCACCCCUGGGAGGUGAUCGUGGGCACCGUCACGCUCACCAUCUGCAUGAUGUCCAUGAACAUGUUCACCGGAAACGACCAAAUCUGCGGCUGGAACUUCGACUGUCCCAAAACAGAAGAGCAAAUCCUGAGCAGCGAUAUCAUCAUCCUGACCAUCACUCGCUGCAUCGCCAUCAUCUACAUCUACUUCCAGUUCCAGAACCUGAGACAGCUCGGCUCCAAAUACAUCCUAGGCAUCGCAGGACUCUUCACCAUCUUCUCCAGCUUUGUGUUCAGCACGGUGGUCAUUCACUUCCUGGAUAAAGAGCUCACCGGCCUGAAUGAGGCUCUGCCCUUCUUCCUGCUGCUCAUCGACCUCUCCAAGGCCUGCGCUCUCGCCAAGUUUGCGCUGAGCUCCAGUUCUCAGGACGAAGUCAGGGACAACAUCGCUCGCGGCAUGGCCGUCCUGGGACCGACCUUCACUCUGGACGCUCUGGUGGAGUGUCUGGUGAUCGGAGUGGGAACCAUGUCAGGCGUCAGGCAGUUAGAAAUCAUGUGUGGCUUCGGAUGCAUGUCCGUCUUGGCCAACUACUUUGUGUUCAUGACUUUCUUCCCCGCCUGCGUGUCCCUGGUGCUGGAGCUGUCCCGUGAGAGUCAGGAGGGCCAUCCCAUCUGGCAGCUCAGCCACUUCUCCAGGGUGAUGGAGGAGGAGGACAACAAGCCCAACCCCGUGACCCAGAGAGUCAAGAUGAUCAUGUCUCUGGGCCUGGUGAUGGUUCACGCCCACAGCCGCUGGAUCGCCGAGCCCCUGUCCGUCAACACCACGGUGGGCAUCCCUCAGGUGGGCAUGGAGCUGGACCACCUCGCACCCCGGAGGAUCGAGCCCGAGAAGCCGCUCUGGCACUUCUACCUCACCAGGAUGAUCACCAUGGACAUCGAGCAGGUCAUCUGCCUGGCCCUGGCCCUCAUGCUGGCCAUCAAGUACAUCUUCUUCGAGCAGGUGGAGAUGGAGUCCACUCUGUCUCUGAAGAACCCCAUCACCAUGUCGUCCCCGUCCCCGGCCCGGUCCUCGCAGACCUGCUGCAGACAGGAGCCGCCCGCCGCCCGACCCCCAGCGCCCGCCGCCAGGGGGAACAAGCCCGCCCCCGGAGAGGAGGCUACACCGGGAGGACAGGCAAAGCAGAAAGCUGCCCCGGCUCUCCAGGACGAGGUGAUCCGCCCGCUGCCUCCCGCCGCCGCCGAGCAGCCGCCUAAGAGCCUGUUCCUGGUGGGAGGGGAGGACGGGGAGUCCAGCUGUGACACGGUUCGGCCCAGAGACCCGCAGAAGCCCCGAAGCCUGGACGACUGCGUGGCCAUCCUUAACAACCCCGAGAUGGGGCCUCGUUUCCUGAGCGACGCCGAGGUGAUGCUGCUGACCAACUCCAAGCACAUCCCCUCGUACAAGCUGGAGGCCAUGAUGGAGAGCCCGGAGAGGGGCGUGUCCAUCCGGAGACAGAUGCUGUCCUCCAAGCUGCCCUGUCCCGCCGCGCUGUCCUCUCUGCCGUACACCGACUACGACUACUCCAAGGUGAUCGGCACCUGCUGUGAGAAUGUGAUUGGCUACAUGCCGGUGCCGGUGGGCGUGGCCGGGCCGCUGCACCUGGACGGGAAGCAGUUCCAGGUUCCCAUGGCAACGACGGAGGGCUGCUUGGUGGCCAGCACCAACCGUGGCUGUCGAGCCAUAGCGCUGAGUGGCGGCGCCAGCAGCCGCAUCCUGGCUGACAGCAUGACCCGGGGGCCGGUGGUCCGCCUGCCCUCCGCCUGCCAGGCCGCCGACGUCAAGGCCUGGCUGGAGAGCACGGACGGCUUCCAGUGCGUCAAGGAGGCCUUCGACAGCACCAGCAGGUUCGCUCGGCUGGAGAGGCUGCUGGUGGCUCUGGCUGGGAAGAACCUCUACAUCCGCUUCCACUCGCGGACCGGAGACGCCAUGGGCAUGAACAUGAUCUCCAAGGGCACGGAGCAGGCCCUCGGCAGACUGCAGCAGCACUUCCCGGAGCUGCAGGUGGUGGCGGUCAGCGGGAACUACUGCACGGACAAGAAGCCUGCCGCCAUCAACUGGAUUGAAGGCAGGGGCAAGUCCGCCGUCUGUGAAGCCACGAUCCCCGCCAAGGUGGUCCGAGAGGUUCUGAAGACCACCACUGAAGCUCUGGUGAUGGUGAACAUCAACAAGAACCUGGUGGGCUCGGCCAUGGCCGGCAGCGUCGGGGGCUACAACGCCCACGCCGCCAACCUGGUGGCCGCCAUCUACAUCGCCUGCGGACAGGACCCGGCGCAGGCGGUGGGCAGCAGCAACUGCAUCACCCUGAUGGAGCCGGCGGGGCCCGGCGGCCAGGACCUGUACAUCAGCUGCUCCAUGCCGUCCAUCGAGCUGGGCACCGUGGGAGGGGGCACCAACCUGCCCCCCCAGCAGGCAUGCCUGCAGAUGCUGGGCGUGCAGGGCGCCAGUGCCGACUGCCCGGGGGAGAACGCCCGGCAGCUGGCCCGGGUGGUCUGCGCCACCGUGCUGGCCGGAGAGCUGUCGCUCAUGUCAGCUCUGGCUGCUGGACACCUGGUCAAGAGUCACAUGACGCACAACAGAUCGAAGAUCAACCUUCAGGAGACUCCAGGAUCCUGCACUGCGAAAGCUUCCUGA